UUGAUUUGGUUGGUUUGUUUUAUAUUUGAGAUAACAUUUUUUUUUAUUGGGUAAAAUUGUUUCAAUAUUUUAAACAGCCAAUCGUAAUAAAGAUUGGUUUGAAGGUCAGCGAGUCUCUUAUAGAUUCUUUAAUUGAGAACAUACUUGAUAGUUCAAUAAGCAACAAAUAGGUACGGUACAUUAAGUGAUCAGAUUUAUUGUUUGUUUGGAGUGAUAACCGUAGAAUUUUAUUACGACGAUUACGUAACUGUUAUUCUCAGUGAUAAUAGAUUAGUUAUUAUAUUGUCAAGAAGCUGAUACGUUUGCAAAAUCAUCAUGAAUUUCGCCGGUAAAGUUGUAAUUGUAACCGGUGCUAGCUCCGGUAUUGGAGCAGCUACAGCUGUGUUCCUAUCGAAACUAGGCGCUAAGCUUUCUCUGACGGGACGUAACGUCGAGAAUCUUAAGAAAGUUAGUCAGGAUUGCGAAAAAUCCACCCAGACACACUACAUCGCCGCCGACUUAACCAAAGAAAAAGAUAUUGAAAAUAUCGUUAAAAGCACCAUUGAUAAAUACGGCCAACUUGACGUCCUGGUCAAUAAUGCUGGCAUUCUUGAGACUGGUUCCAUCGAAAACACAUCGUUAGCCCAGUACGACAGGUUAAUGAAUACAAAUGUGCGCUCAAUUUAUUACUUAACCAUGCUGGCAGUCCCACACCUUCUCAAAACCAAAGGUAACAUUGUGAAUGUAUCUAGUGUCAAUGGGAUCAGGUCUUUCCCUGGUGUACUGGCUUACAAUGUUUCGAAGUCAGCUGUAGAUCAGUUUACAAGAUGUGUUGCACUUGAAUUGGCCCCGAAAGGGGUACGAGUUAAUUGUGUGAAUCCAGGAGUCAUUUUGACAGAACUGCAGAAGCGUGGGGGUUUGAACGACCAGCAGUAUGCAGCAUUUCUGGAGAGAACCAAGGAGACACAUGCCUUGGGCCGGCCGGGAAAACCGGAGGAGGUUGCAGCUACUAUUGCUUUCUUGGCCAGUGAAUUAGCAAGCAAUAUCACUGGAGCCAGUGUGCCUGUAGACGGUGGUCGCCAUGCCAUGUGUCCACGAUAAUUUUAUUAAUAAAAUACAUGUUAAUUUUUUUUUUACUAUUUACAAUUUUUCAAUCCAAGCAUUUUACAAUGAUCAAAGUGUCUAAAACCUUUUGAAUAUUGUACAAUAAAAUUUUUAUAUAUUAUAGAUUAAGUAAAAACGUUCAUAUACCUAUAAUUUGUGUCAUAUGGAUGUCCAUGUGUUCAUAUAUUUUGUUAUAACCUUGUUAUUUUAAAAAUAAAAAGCAAAAUAACU